AGCACUUCUACCUCUGCUGAUUUAGUAGCAACGGAUUUCUCAACCCCUGGCAAUUUGGUUUCUGUCCUCUAAAGAAAAUUUUUAUUUUGCAGGAUUGUUGUGAAGAUGGGAUGAAGUAAUAUUUGCAAAAUAUGUUGUAAACGUCAGAGUACUAUGUAAAUGCAACAGUUUCUGUUCAUUAUUUAUUUUUUUGAAGUCUAUGGUAGGUGUUGAAAAAGUAGAGGUAGUGUGUAUAGAAGUUGAGGGCAGGGGAUAUUGUGAACAUGUGUUGGGAAAACUGAUGGAUUUUAAUGUCAUGGGGAAAUGACUCUCGACAGUAUGGAUCUACUAAAAGCCAGACAUUCUCGUUUCAGAUGACAGCCCCAGAACUACUUUCACAUUCUGUUUCCAGGUCAAGUGAAAACAGGAACAACCACUGCUCCAAUUAUGGCUUCUGAAAUUAUUGAAAAGGAAAGACAAAACUUUGUUAAAAUUCUGCAGCAAGAUCCUGAUUCUAUAUUAGAUACAUUAAUUUCUCGGAACCUAAUUUCUGAAGAGGAGUAUGAGAUCCUCGAUACUGUCACAGACCCACUGAAGAAAAGUAGAAAAAUGUUAAUUCUGGUACAGAAAAAGGGAGAGAGAAGCUGCCAGCAGUUCCUUGAGUGUUUACAUAGUGCUUUUCCGGAAUCAACAACCGGUUGGUGGUCUAUACUAGAAUUUGUUAAACAGGAGAAAGGACACGAGAAAGCAAAAGCUCCUAUAUUUACAGAAGAGAACAAGAAUUCCGAAGUUACUUUGCUCUCUGAAAAGAAACAAUACAAGAGUACUGAUGAUUUUAUGUUUGUAGAAGAGGAGAGCCAAAAUUUAAAAACUACUGGGUCUUUGGGAAACAAGGGACUUAGUAAUUCAGAAGUUUCUUUGUCUUCCAAGGAGAAAGAAGAGGAAGGAGAUGAUGAUAAACUGGAAGACACAGUGUAUUCAGAAGACAGAGAGGCCCAUGAAGAUCUAGAAGCUAUUGUGUACUUAGGAGAAGAAUGGGAAGAUGAGAAUCCAGAUAUUGAUUUAUACUUAGGAGAAGAGGAUUAUGCAGAAUCUGUAGCAUAUUUUGAAGAGCCAGGAUCAGCAGAGGAAGAAGAAGCUUCUGUGGAGUACACAGAGUACUAUGGGGAAAAUGACCCUGACAAUUUCAGGUCCUCGGAUGAUGAACAGAACUAUGAGAAUCUAGAGACUGAAGUGUCUCUGGAGGAGGAGGCAGCGAAUUUGGAAGAGAGAAGAAAAACAUUUAAAGAAAUUCUGUCAUGUUUGGAAAUGGACAGGAAUAGAAAGCUUCUUCCAAGUUUUGUGCAACAGUUUCAGUUGGACCAUGGAUGUCAUUGGAUCCCUCAGACAUCAGCAGAUUUAUCCUGGAAUUUCCUAGUAAAAAUUCAGUGCUUGGAUGUUACUGCCAGAGAUACAGUUCUCAGCCAGAGGGUUCCAGGUGAAGAUGUCAAAGAGGGACUAAUCACUAAAGUAGAAAAUAUGGGUCUUAGAGACAAAGAGACCAUUAACCCUCUUGAUGUCCUUUGUGCUAUUAUGCUUUGUUCUGACAACUCUUUGCAGCAGGAGGUCUUGGGGAACAUGUUUAAAUGCCACUUUGCCCUUCCUCUGCUGCUGCCAGAUGCAGAAAACAACAAAUGCCUUUUGAUGCUUGAUGCCAUGAAGAACAUCGUGCCAAAGGACUCAAUACAUUCUGGAGGAGAUGCUGCUGAGAUUGACACAAAGUCCUUGGUGUUUAUGAAAAUGCCACUUAUAUCUUUUGUUCGCUUAGGGUACUGUGGUUCCUCUAAAUCCAAGAUUCUUAACACAUUGCUCAGCACUCCCCAAAAGCAGCCUCUUGACAUCUUUCACCAUAGAGACUCCCAUGCCUCAUUACUUCCUCGGCAAAUCUCUGAUGGCUUGGUUGAAAUUACUUGGUCUUUUCCUAACAGUAGUUCUGGUAAGGAAAAUCUUGACUUUUUCCAAGAGCCUGUGGCUGUGGCCAACCUUCGGGGAGAUCUGGAAUGCUUCUGGACACAGUUUGGCUUUUUAAUGGAAGUCUCCUCAGCUGUGUUCAUUUUUAUUGAUUGUCCAGGUGAGAGGGAAUGGGACCUCCUGGCAUUUCUAGGAGAGGCUGCUAAAGAAAGAUGCUAUUUCAUUCUUAGUCCUCAGUCCAGGGAAAGUGAGGAAGCCCAACUAUUCCAGAGAAUUCUGAAACUGAAGCCAUCACAACUGCUGCUUUUGGAGGAGAAUGAUAUGGGGGAUAGAGGAAGGUAUGUAGAGGGUCUCCAAAUAGCCCUCAAGGAGGUAAUGUGCUCUCCACUUAGACAUGUGUCAGUGGAAGAUAUGGCAUCGCUGGCCAGAGAGUUGGGGAUACAGGUGGAUCAGGAUUGUGAGAAAGCCCAAGGUAUCCAAGAAACCCUCAAUGAAGUCACAGCUGAAGUAGAUGAGGUUGAGGUACCCCAAAGAUAUACUCAGCCCAGAAAUCUACCUGAAAGCCAGUGCCACACAGCUACGGGAAGGACUAGGAUUUUUAGGGGAGUCAGCCCCCAAUGUCAUUCUUUCCACCAUACUACAUCAUUUACCCCUUGUCCAUGGGCCUGGUGUCCCCCACUGACCAGAAGUAAGGGCAAUCUUUACUGGGCUCCUCUGAGACCCCAGUGGGCCAUGGGCUCUACUAUGUGGCCAGGGUUUAAGCCCAGAUGGUUAGGCCCUCUGGCUUUUCACAAUAGAAGGGCCAAUAUACGAGGCAGAAAUCCUGGCAGAUGGACUGGCCAACCCCAGAGAAUUCAUCAAGCUGCAGCAUUAGUAAAAUCCCCUAGAUCUCCCCAAGUACAUCAUUUGUCAAGACCACCCAGACCCAUUUCCCAAAUUAUACGAGCCCCAUAUCAGGGUCUCCAGUCAAAAGAAAUUAUAAGAGCCAAUAGAGUAGCCUUCCAGGCAGGUCAUUUGCGAACUCAAGGACCACAGCCAGCAGGAACAUUUAUUCGACCGAUGAGACCAAAUUUCCAUGUUGGAUGGUCCAGGAACCCAGGAUGCCAACAUGUAGAAGUGACCAAAAAGUCUGUGGGACAAACACAAAAGUCAGGACAAUACCAGAUCACAGAAGCAGAGUCUACAAAAACAUCAGUGAAGAUCAGGAGACCAGCAUCCCAGGCAGUACAUACUCAAUCAGAGGGAUCAAAGCUAGGACGAACAUCUGGGCAACAAAAGAAGCAAGGUUCUCACCCAGGCACCCCUGGGACACAGAGAUCUCAGCCACCAGGAGGAGCUGGACAGCCAGUGAAAUCAUUCUCUUGUACAGGAAGCUCCAUGUCCCAGAGAUCUCAGCCAGACAGAACAACUGGGAGACCCAUAAGACCUGCUUGUCAGCCAGGAGCAAAUAAAUAUCACCAGACUCAGACCACAAAACCUGCUUCCCAAACAGGACACUCAUACAAUCCUAACAGCAAAUCAUCAUCCAAGUCCCAGGCCAAACCCCCUCAGUCUAAGCCAUCCUGCCCUCCAGGUGGACCCAAGAGAAGAGGAAAGUAAUAAAAUACUUAUUUCAGAAUCUAGUGAGUUUAAUUAUCAAGAGGCAGCUGGCUGGUACAGUGAUUUAAGUGCUGGAUCUAAACUCAGGAAAAAAAAUUCAGUUCAAAUCUGGCUUCAUAUACACUAGCUGUACUUAGUUUCUGCCUACUGCUCUAAAACAGAGAGAUAGCAGAGUGGAUUAGAAAUCUUAGUUUUCUCCUUUGUAAAAUGGGGAUAAUACUAGGACUGUCCUCCAAGAGUCAUUGGGAGGAUAAAAUGAAAUACUAUUUGUAAAAGAAAGGUCUUUGCAAACCUUAAAACAUGGUAUUAAUGCUAUUAUUUUUAUUAUUAUCAGAAUUAUAAGCUAGAUCUCCUUUACUAAUACUAUCUAUCCCAUAUAAUUAAUCAAUUGCCAGAUGAAUUUAUCUGAUGUACCACUUGAUCUUUAUUAUUGUGUUACUCUCUCUAGACUGUGAAGGAUGAUAUAAGAAAAGGAUAGAAGGUUCAAAAGGAGAAGAUAGUGAAUAGUUGAACAGGCCAAUUAUUGAGUUAGGAAGAUGAAAGGAAUAAAGUGAAGCUACAACAUGGGUACUGGGCUAGGAAAAUGGGGGAAGAGGGUAGAGAAGCAUAAGUUUAAGCAACCUAGAAAAUGAUUUAGGAGGAAUGAGAUAGAGUAUAAAGAAUGAUAGAGAAUUGAAAAACUUAACACUUUUAAUAUUUGGUAAAUUAUAUCUAUUAUCAAUAUUUCCAUAUAAAUUCUAAUAUGUAUAUCAUUAGAAAAUAAGAUAUAAUCAUUAAUCCAUAACUGGAAAAACUUCAGUGAAUAAAUAAAUCAUGAACUCAUGACUUCAUCAGUAGAGAUAUUGCCUAAAUCAAACCCCUUCCUGUGUUCCCAUUCUUUAUGGUUUUUAAUGGUGUCUUCUACAAAUCCUUCAUAGAUGAUUCACUCAACAUAUUGCGGACCAGUGGUGUCGGACUCAAAUAGAAAUGGACUGGCUGCCUGUUGACUUAGAAAACCACAAAUUCUCAUGUUGUAUUGUAUUUUUAUUUAGUUUGUUAAACAUUUCCCAAUUACAUUUUUAGGUUCUGGCUUCACUCUCCAGUUUUUCUUGGAGACCUGGAAUUUGACACUUCUGUUAUAGACUUUCAUCUAAUUGUUUUUAAUUUCUAGGGGGUAAGAUUCUAUAACAAUGUACUACCAGCUGUCUGUCAGUUGUAUCAUUCUGACUACAAGAUUAACUCGUCUUUUUUGCUAGUCAUCCACACAUUUCAUGUUAUUUCUUAAAUCUCCAUUUUCUAUCAGCACCUCUGCUUGGAAUAUCAUUCCCCCAAAGACAGUAUUUUAUGAUGACUUCCUCAUCCCUCUUUUUAGCUUUCUUUUGAGUAUAGUCUUUUCUCAUGAAAUUUCAGACUUCCUGAGGUCAAGGACUGUCUUUCUUUUUCUUAUUUGGUAUUCCUAGUUCUUAGUAUAGUGCCUGGCAUAUGGUAAGUGUUUAUUUCUGUCUAUGGAAUUGGAUUGAAUUGAAUUAAUUUUUGGUAUUAUUAGGAGUUGUAAUUCUUUUUCCAUGACUCAAUUUUCUGUUUUAGCUCAGGAAACAUAAAGUGAUAAAUCUGUAUAGAUCCAGCUGAUCAGUUGUAGUACUAUAAGAAAUAAUGAAGGGAAGGUUUCAGAGAAACAUGGGAAAGCUUGUUGUAUGAACUGAGGCAGAGAUGGGGUGAAAACAAAAACCCCACCAGGAGAACAAUUCAUAUGAUGAUAACAAUAUUAUAAAGACAAACAGCUUUAAAAGGUUUAGGAACUCUGAUCAGGGUAUUCUAUGGAGUCCUAUUAUUAGGACUUCAAUACUAAUUGUUUUUUUUACAUUGCUAUUUUUCCAGACACCUGCUUAACUCUUGAGUCUACUCAAUGAAUUACUAUUUUUUACUUCCUCAAUCAUUAUUUUAGCCACUCUAAGUCUAUAUUUUAUAUAAGGAAGGAUAAAAUAAUUUUUGAAGCUUAAAUCCACCCUAUUUUCCUAUAAACUUAAUUAAAUACUAAAUUUUGCAUUCCCUCAUGAUAAUGCUUAAGAUCUUUUGGCUCCAUUUAGGCUGAAAUGACUAUAAUUCUAUAUUUUGGAGAUACUUUAAGGGGGUAUAGAUAAUUCUUAGUAGAGUAAGUGACUCAGCUUGGGGAUUCAGAAUGGAACAUUUUUUCUUCAUUAUCACCUGUAAAACUCCUUCCUCCUCUCCUGUUAGGAAACUGGGGAUUAAAGAGCUAGCUUAACAAAGUGGUGAGGAAAGAGUUUACUUGCUAAUUGGAAUAAAAUCUCUUCUAUAGAUUAUUCAAUCAACAUUUCCCAUUUUACUUAUAUUUGAGUUUCUGAUUAAAUUUAGCAAUCUCCUUUUCAUUCUUUAUACAUUUACAAUUCCAUUCUCCUCUGUUCGAUUUCUUGGUCUUUUUAAUCAACAAAAAGAUGUCUUUUCUCCUCAUGCCCCCAUUGAUUAUGAAAAAAAAAACACCAUGAAACCUGUUAUUAAGAUAUAUAGUCAAGCAAAUCAAAUUUCCCUAUUUAUCAUAUCCAUAAGAAUAUAUGUAUACAUACCUUUAUUUAAAGACACUGUGAAAUUAGAAUCUGUUACCCUAACAACUAUGAUCCCUAGCAAAAACUAUGAUUCCCAGAACCCCACUCAUUUCCUGUCCUUACUUGCUCACAUAGACAGGAUAUAAAUUGAAUGGAGUUCUGUGGCUAGCCUGCUUUACUUCCUGUCUCAGCUUUGGUGGAGUGGGCCUUUUUGAGCUGGUAGAAAACUUAGUCAUGUGGUUCUACUUUGUCAGAUAAUAAACUUUAAAAAUAUAAUA